AUGGCAGAGGACACCAUCAUGGAAGAGAGAGAAGAGCUCAUGGUUUCACCCAAAGGCGGAGACCCAACUCUCAGAAUCGCCCAUUUCCUCAAACCCACCGUCACCUCCAUUGAUGGACCAGCCUCUGAUCUUCCUUCGUCUUCUCCCACCUCUGUACCCGCCAAUUCCGUGUCAAACAAACCGCCACUCAAAACGGCGUUCAUUGGCUGGAGAUACGCAACAAAGGAUUGGAAAGCAUGGGUGAGUAGCAUGCGUUCCUUGCACCAAUCAGCGUGGAAGAAGGCCGGAAUUGACGAAGCCAUCAUGAAUUCAACCUACGCAAUCAUAAGAAAUGACAAGUUGGUGUUUGGGUUUGCAGAGAGAUGGUGCUCUGAGACCAACACAUUUGUGUUUCCGUGGGGAGAAACAACCAUCACUCUCGAAGAUAUAAUGAUUUUGGGAGGUUACUCUGUUUUGGGUGACUCUGUUUCAAGCCAUCUUGAAUCAAGAGAAAUGGAGGAAACCCAAGAGAAACUAUUCCGAGCACGGUCUGAAGUAAUCAGGAGUAAAGCUAAGAGGGCCAGCCAACAUGGAUGGAUGUCUAAAUUCAUGGCUAGUGGAAGCGACGUAGAGCAUGAAGCAUUCCUAGCCUUUUGGUUGUCAAGGUUUGUCUUCGCACAAUUACAUAAAACCAUAGGAAAAGAUGUUAUUCCAAUUGCUAUUCAUCUAGCUAGAGGUACUAGAAUCGCGCUCGCACCUGCUGUUCUUGCAAGCCUUUACAAAGAUUUGAGUUUGUUGAAAGAGGCUAUUCUGUCCCCAAACAGAUUAGGAGUUACAGUUUGCACGACAUUACAAUAUGUUCAGGUUUGGGCGUGGGAGAGGUUUCUUACAUUGCAGCCAAAUGCCAAUUCCGAUGGACAUGGUAAGCCAAGAUUGGCUCGAUGGGAGAAAGCUAAGAGAGUGAACAUUGAGAAUAUAAGGUUGACAUUAGAUUCAGCUGGAGAAUAUUUUCUGUGGCGGCCUUAUGCUGCGGACAAUGAGAAAGGAGAGUGGUUAUUGUUUCGUCAAGGGAUGGAUGAGAAAAUGGAGUCGCUUGCUUUAUGCUUGAGGGUCUGCGAGCUGGUUGGGCAUGGAGCUAGGUGUAUAGAGCAGUACCUCCCACAUCGAGUAGCAAGACAGUUUGGGUUGGAUCAAGAUCUUCCAGGUCCGGUUUCUCGUUCCAAUGCAACUCCUGCAAUUGCUUGGAGUAAUUACAAGAGGUCAAUUAGGGACAAGAAAUUAUAUAUUCCACCACGACAUUGUGAGCCGGGUGUUACCACUCGAUAUUUGGAGUGGUGGAAUAAAAUAAAGAUUGGUCAGCAUCAGCAAGAAGCUAAUUCAAAUAGUUUGGAAAGAACUCCACAAAGUUGUAAGAGAGAAACAGAUCCUGCUGUGCCUCCUGGUUUUCCACCCAAAUCCAUUUCUAUUGAAUCAAGUGAUUCUAGUGAUGAUGACAGAUUAUUAAUAUCGGAGAUGUUGAGAAGAAAUAUGAAGCGUAGAGGCGGCCAGCCUUCAAUGGGAUCUCAAUUGCAAACUCUAUCGUCUUCGAAUAGUGGAACUAUUCAAAUGAUGGAGUCGGUGGUUAAAAUUCCAGAAAAGAUUGCCGCGACAGUUGCAGAUGAUGCAAGUGAAAGUAGAGCAGAUAUGAUGGUGGAUAUUGAUGCAAUUGAAAGUCAAGUGAGGGCUCCGGUUAAUAAUAUGGUAAGCAUUGACAGCAAUCUAGCAGGAACAUCAGUUUAUAAUGCGACGAGAACUAACAGCCAUGUAGGAGAAAGCAACGCUCAUCAUACAUAUGAAAUAGAGGGAUUGGAAAUUGAAGCUAGAAUUAGCAAGCUUGAAAAAGUGGUUGCUCUGCUAAAAGCAGCAAAUUAG